AAGAGAAAAAGAGAGUAAAACGACAUAAGCUCGAUCGAACUUUGACUCUUUGUCUCAUGGCAGACUCGUUUCAACCUUGCUAAGAAAUGGACGUUUUCAAAGAGAUGUGUUACUACAAAUAUAAUCAAGUUUUUCUUUCGAUAAUCGGAUUAUGGCCUUAUCAAGACAUAAAAACUCGACGAAUUCGUAUGUCCUUUGUGAGCGUUAUUUUAAUGAUUAUUCUUUUCAUUCAGAUGUAUAGACUUUUAGAGAUUAUCAAAGACGAUUGGCGCGAACAAGAAGGGACGAAAGAAUUUGAAAUAAUGAAAAAAUAUGCAUGGGAUUCCAAAAUCUAUUCGAUAAUAAUGUUGGUCUUCAUACAACAUCUUUGCGGAAUGUUCUACGUCGUUGGUAACAUGGUCGAUAAUGUCUUCAACGAUAAACAUUGUUCUGAACUUAAAACUUAUGCGAAAAUAGUCCGUUGUAUAAAAUAUCAUAAAGAGGCAUUAGAAUUUGAAAUGAAACUGCGUGCCUUAUACGAACACGUUUACUUGGGAUUAGUUAUAAUAGGGCUCUUUCUUAUGGCUACUUCUAUUAUACAGCUAAUACAAAAAAAUGCAUUCAAACUGGAAAAUCUGAUAGAAUCUUCGGUAUCCAUCACCAUUUUUAUCAGUAGUAUGAUCAUAAUAUAUUUAAAGUGCUAUUUUGGUCAGAAAUUAAUCGAUCACAGCACUUAUCUAUUGAACAAAAUAUUUAAUACGCCUUGGUACUUGCUUACUAAAAAAUCACAGAUAUUACUCUGGUUUAUGAUGGCAAGAAGCACAAAACCAUGUUAUUUAUCAUUUGGCAAGCCUUUUUGUAUAUCUAUUCAAUUUUUCGCAUCGAUAAUAUUGAUCAUUACAAUAGACAAUUUUCAAUUAUUCAUGGAAGUUAUUUCUAACUUUUUCUUAUAUUUAACCUGUGUAUUGAUGUAUUACAAUAGCUUAUUCAAUAUGCCAAAGAUAAGUCAACUAUUGGAGUUUAUUAAACAAGAUUGGUUUGAAAAGAAAAAUAUGAAGGAAUUUGAAAUCAUGAAGAAAUACGCAGAGGAUGGUAGAACGUACUCUUUGAUAAUAAUAAUAUUAACUUAUGGAUUGAUCUUUUCGGCGAUAUCCGUACCAUCUGUACCAUAUAUUCUAGAUAUAUAUUUCCCUCUAAAUCAAACACGAUUUCAUACCUUACCAUUCUCAGUAGAAUUGUUCAUAGACACAGAUAAACAUUAUUGUCUGGCACUGUUUAUCAUUUUUUUCGCAUCUUCUUUAUCAUGUAUGGUUGUAGUAGGGAAUUAUACAUUAUUUGCAGUACUUGUUUAUCACAUUUGCGGAAUGUUUUGCGUGGUUAGAAAUAUGUUAGAUGACGUAAUCGAUAUCACAAAGAUAUAUAUAUAUGAUCGUAAUACAGAGGACAAGAUCUAUGCAAAAAUAGUUCGUAGUAUAAAAUAUCACAAAAAGACUUUAGAAUUCGACUCCAUCUUUAAUUCCUCCUUCGAACAGAGUCUUUCGAUCCUGAUAGUACUUGGUUCAAUUAUUAUAAUAAUUACAUUUAUACGGCUAUUACAAAAUUUCGAGUUCGAGCAUGAAAAUAUAAGAGAAACCAUUUCUUCGAUAUUAAAUAUCGUCGUCAAUUGUGGUAUACUCUCCAUGAAAUGUCAUUUAGGUCAAAAAAUAAUAGAUCACAGUGUUCUUAUAUUCGAUAAAGCGUUCGAUAUACCAUGGUAUAUGCUUUCUAAAAAAUCGCAAAUGUUAUUAUACUUCAUGAUGAUGAGAAGUCUAAAACCUUGUUACUUUUUGCUUGUCAAUUUUUUUAUCUUAUCUAUCAAACUUUCCAUGUCGGUCAUUCAAACGACUUUGUCUUACGCUAUGGUUAUUUAUUCUCUGCGAUAAUUUUUGCGAUAACAUGAUAUUCGAAAUUGUUUUUCUAAUCGAAGUUUCUAAAUGA